AAUAAAAAAGAAGAAAAAGACAUACAAACAAACAAACAAACAAAUUUGGUGACAAAAUUGGAGACAACAUUUUCGUUCUCAAUAGAUUUACCAAUAUUUUUCAGCAUAAUUCUGGGUUUUUAGAAGGUUUUGUUUGGACUGAAGGAUGAGUUAUGAUUUGGUAUGCAGUGACUACAGCAGAGAACGGGCAAAGGGCGUUGGAACUUUUGGGCCUAGGAGAUAGACAACACAUCAUUAACAAGAAGAAGAAGAAGAAGAAGAAACUCAGGUUUCAGAAUCACAUACCAAUUUUGUCAAAAACAUACCCUUUGCAGGACUCAAAGGUGAACUUGAUAAUCACUGAUUAUUGUAUGCCAGGAAUGACAGGGUAUGAGCUACUUAAAAAAUUAAAGGAAUCGUCUGACCUAAAAGAGAUUCCAGUAGUGAUAGUGUCCUCCGAGAAUGUCCCAACUCGAAUCAAGAAAUGCAUGAAAGAAGGAGCUCAAGAGUUCAUGCUGAAACCUCUCCAACAAUCAGAUAUUAAGAAAUUGCGAUGUCACAUGACAAAAUUCAGCAAACCUACCAAUGGGAAGCUGUGCAUGGGAAGCUAAAUAAAGUGUACCCUAGAGAAGAGAAGAAAAUAUGC